AUGAGGUCGUUAGCAACCGAGGCAAUGAUCGAGCUGCAGUUGAAAAGUCAGCGAGACAAGCUGAAGCAGUACCAUAGGCGUAUUGAGCUAAAUUUGGACAAAGAACGCCAGGCGGCUGUGCAGCUGUUGAAAAAUGGCAAGAAGGAGCGCGCGCUUUUACUGCUUCGUAGAAAACGGUACUUGGAACAACUUCAGGAACGGUCGUUGCAGCAACUGGCAAACACCGAAAGAAUGAUUCACGAUAUCGAGUUUACACAAGUUGAAAUUUCCGUUUUGGAAGGACUCAAAGUCGGCAACGCCUGUUUGGCUAAAAUGCAUGAGAUCCUGUCUCUGGACGAUGUUGAGAAGAUAAUGAGCGAGACUGCAGAAGCGGUUGAGUAUCAGAGGGAAAUCGACGCUGCCAUUGCUGGAGGUCUUAGCGAAACGGACGAAGCUGAUCUACAAAUGGAACUGGAACAAAUGUGCAAGGUAUAA